CGCGGCCCAGGGGCGGCGCCGGGCAGGGGGAGCGGCGGGCAGUGAUGGCGGCGGCGCGGCAGAGGGGCCCGCGGGGCUCGGCCGUGCUGGAGCUGCCCCGCGCCCCGCGCUUGGUGUGCGUGGAGUACCCGGGGCUCGUUCGGGACGUCGGGGCCAUGCUGCGGACGCUGGGAGGAGAGCAGGGGGUGUCGCGGAUCUAUGCUGACCCUGCCAAAAGGCUGGAGCUGUAUUUCCGCCCCAAGGACCCCUAUUGCCACCCCGUGUGUGCCAACCGCUUCCCCACCUCCACCAUGCUGCUCAGGGUCAGGAGGAGCACCAAGCAGAAGCAGCAGUUGGAUGCCGAGGACCAAAUCCAGCCAGAAGUCCAGUUUGAGAUGGAGAUUCUUGGGAUUGUCAACACAGUUUACAAAUUUCAAGGAAUGUCUGACUUCCAGUACCUGGCAAUGCACUCUGGCCCUGAUGGCAAACAAACCUCCAUGUAUGACAAAGUCCUGAUGCUCAAACCAGAGAAGGAAGAAUUUUUCAAUAGGGACUUACCUCUUUAUAUCCCACCACCCAUCUUCUCACGUCUGGACACUCCUGUGGACUAUUUUUAUCGCCCAGAUAUACAGCACAGGGAGGGGUACAACAAUCCCCAGGUGUCUGGUGAGAACCUGAUUGGCCUCAGCAGGGCCCGGCGCCCACACAAUGCCAUCUUUGUCAACUUUGAUGAUGAAGAAAUCCCAACUAAACCACUGGAUGCUGCUGUACAGAACUGGAAGAAAGUGUGCACCAAUCCUGUGGAUAAAAAGGUGGAGGAAGAGCUGAGAAAGCUCUUUGAAGUGCGUCCCGUGUGGUCUCGGAAUGCAGUGAAAGCCAAUAUCAGUGUCCAUCCAGACAAGCUGAAGGUGCUGCUGCCAUAUUUGGCCUAUUACAUGUUAACAGGUCCUUGGAGAAGCUUAUGGGUUAGGUUUGGGUAUGACCCCAGAAAACACCCUGAAGCAAAGAUUUAUCAAGUGCUGGACUUCCGAAUUCGCUGUGGAAUGAAAUAUGGUUAUGCUGCUACUGACAUGCCUGUGAAAGCAAAACGCAGCACAUACAACUACAGCCUGCCCAUCACUGUCAAGAAACAAGGAAGUCACACAGUCAGUGUCCAUGACUUGAAACAGGGGCUGGGUUCAGCUGGUACAUCUGGGGCAAAAAAGCCCCCCUCCAGCAGGUAUAAGCUGAAGGAAUCCAUCUACAUUUUCCGAGAAGGAGCUUUACCCCCUUACCGACAGAUGUUCUACCAGCUCUGUGACUUAAAUGUGGAAAGCCUGCAGAAGAUCAUCCACCGGAAUGACGGUGCAGAGUCGGAAUGCACAGAGCGGGAUGGGUGGUGCCUUGCCAAGACAAGUGAUGACCUGAGGGACAGCAUGUCCCUGAUGAUAAAGCAGAUCAUCAAAUCUACCAGACCUGCUCUUUUCUCAAAUACAACAAGCAGUGAAGAUGGCAAAGAACAGCUGGCAUACGAGUCUGCAGAGGAUGAGGAUGAUGAAGAGGAGGAGGAAGAAGACUUCAAGCCUUCUGACGGGAGUGAAAAUGAAAUGGAGACAGAAAUGCUGGAUUAUAUGUGAACUCAGUGAG